AGAAAGAAAGUUUGUCUUGAUUGGAAAAAGCGUGUCUCUAUAAUUGAUGGAAUUGCUCAAGGGCUUUUGUACCUUCAUAAGUAUUAAGAAUGAGAAUUAUUCAUAGGGAUCUCAAAACAAGUAACAUCUUAUUAGACAUUCACAUGCAUCCAAAGAUUUCAUAUUUUGGGACAGUUAGAAUAUUUAAAGAUAACGUUUAUCAAGCAAACACAAAAAGCAUUAUUGGGACUUAUGGUUACAUGUCUCCGGAAUAUGCAAUGAAUGGUUGUUUCUCUGAGAAGUCAGAUAUUUUUAGCUUUGGAGUCAUGGUAAUGGAGAUAGUGAGUGGAAAGAGAAACAAUGACUUCUACAAUCCAAAUCAUGUUUCAAAUUUACUUGGUUAUGUUUGGGAUAUGUGGAUAGAAGGAAGAAUUUCAGAUUUAAUAGAUCCAACAAUAGAAAAAUCAGUUUCAAUAAAUGAAGCAACAAGAUGUAUCCAAGUAGGUUUGUUAUGUGUUCAAGACAAUGCAGCAGAUAGGCCAAUCAUGUCAGAAGUGGUAUCUAUGCUCGGUAAUGAAUCAACAGUCUUACUUACUCCUAAACAACCUGGUUUCUCUACUGUUAUCGGCUUAAAAUGUGAUGAUGUCGGUAACAAUCCAAAAAUCUCUGCUAAUAUGAUCACAAUUUCAGACAUUGAAGGUGGAUAACAACCAUGAUCUGAUCUUGUCUCACACUGCUCUUAUUACACAAGCACUCCUUAUUUUCAGUUUCUUUUUUUUUUUUUCCACUUUGAAUGGUGUAAUCAUUUGAGACCUACUUUUGCUGAUGAAAUGUUUGUUAAAAAUUUAUUUGAAAUUGCAUAUUUAAUUAGUGUUAUAAUGCUGACAA